AUGACGUCGCACACGGGAUGCAAGAAGUAUGUCACGUGUCCUCUGUGUAAAGGCGAAGGCAAGUCUACCACACGUACCGAAGAAGGAACGACCUUGUUGUCCGCUCAACAUGAGGCUGCAGGUUUGGGGCAAGUUACGAAAACACCGAUCGCCGAAGCAGCGCAUUCCGCAGCCUCGGGAGAUUUGCGUUUGUCCGCGUUAUCCGAUAGGUACGAUGUAUUAGACUUUUUAACGGGCACUAACGUAUGCUCAAGCAAAUAUCCGAGAGACGUUAAUCUUCCCGCGACUAGUCAUGGGGAUUACGUAGCCGUGCUGGGGGACGAUUACACAGCGACGCCUGAGGAAUUUGCGAAUCCGCAGGAAACGCUGAAGCUAGCACUGCAAAAUUUAAAGCAGGACCAGUGGCAGAGCAACGUGCCUGCUCUGAUCAAGCUGAUACACGUCUCAAGGAUUCAACCGGAAUUGCUGGACUCCAACAUGCCUCGCAUAUACAGAACCUUGUGCAGUUUGCUGAAGAACACAAGGCCGCACGUAGUCAGGACUGUCUGCCAGGUGGCAAUGGAGUUAUAUAAAACGGUUCAGUGUACGCAGAGGCCCGAGUUUGACGAACUCGCGUCUGCAUUACUCUUGAAGAGCACGCACACGAACAAGGGAAUUCGAAGCGACGCUCAACGCGCCUUGGACUCCAUGAUAACCCACUUAUCCCCCGCGACGUGUAUUCGGAUAUUGGCCAGCGAGCACGGUGCUAGCCACAAAAAUCCAUUGAUCAGAGCGGCCGUAAGUCGAUUGCUCUAUAAUAUUAUCAAUAUCAUCGGAGUAGAGUGUUUAUUGUCGAGUGCAAGUAUGAAAGAUACUCGCCGAAAGAUCUUCACGAUGUGCUCGAAAUUCCUUCUUGACGGUAACAAUGAAACGAGGAAUAACGCGAAGAAGACGCUGAAGGCGAUGAUGGGUCAUCAGGACUUCGACACUUUAUUUUACCAGGACGUGGACUGGAAGAUCGUCAGCAGCAUAGAGAAGCAAUUAGUUUUUUUAAAGUAUAGCCAAACCGUAUAAUACCACUAUAUAGUGUGUUGAUAUCGCACACCAGCGUAAUAACGAUGCUAAUCAUUCAUUUCGUGUAAUGAUCUCGGCAAUAAAUUAUAUCGUGAACCCUCCU